UGCGCCUCUUUUCGAAAGUUUGUGCAUCUACCUUUCUCUCUCCCCCCACUUCCCUUCCAUUUUGGUCCUCACACACUCAGAUUCUCUCCCUCUAGAAACCGCCAAUCGGAACGCAACUUCACACACCCACCACCACCACCAAUGGCGUCUCCGCCAUUCUCCACUUCCUUCUUUUUCAUCCUGUCGUUGUGUUCGACGGCGACGAUGAUGCUAUUCACGCCCGUCGCUUCACUCACCUGCACGUCGCAGAAACUCAGAAGCAACGAACGAUACUCAAACUGUAUAGAUCUCCCUCUACUCUCUUCAUACCUUCAUUGGACCUAUAAUUCCUCCAAUUCCUCUCUCGCCGUCGCUUUCGUCGCCGCUCCUUCGAGUUCCAAAGGGUGGGUCUCGUGGGCGAUCAAUCCUACCGGUGCCGGCAUGGUCGGGGCUCAAGCUCUGAUCGCGUUCAAGAACAGCAGCGCGAUGACCGUCAAGACCUACAACAUCAGCUCCUACCAAUCUAUAGUACCUGGGAAGCUGUCGUUCGACGUUUGGGACACAAAGGCAGAGGAAUCCGGUGGGCUCAUGAUGAUCUUCGCGAAGAUUAAGGUGCCGGAAAAGAAGGAUAGUUUGAGCCAUGUGUGGCAGAUGGGGCCCUCUGUCACCAACGGCAUGCCGGAUCAGCAUGCCUUUGCGCCGGCGAAUAUGAAAUCGAAAGGUACUCUGAGCUUGAGUGGAGGCCAGAGUACCACUAGUGGUGGGGUGGACUCAACAACAAAGAAGAAGAACAUUCAUGGAGUACUAAAUGCUGUGAGCUGGGGCAUUCUGUUUCCCCUUGGAGCGAUCAUAGCACGGUAUCUGAGAACCUUCCCAUCUGCAGAUCCAGCUUGGUUCUAUCUUCAUGCUUCCUGCCAGGUUUCUGCUUAUGCCAUCGGAGUAGCCGGCUGGGCCACCGGUCUUAAGCUCGGAAGCGAAUCUAAGGCAAUCCAAUAUUCCGGCCACCGCAACAUCGGCAUCGCCGCCUUCUGUCUCGCCACAUUACAGAUUUUUGCUUUGUUCAUACGACCGCAGAAGGAUCACAAGUAUAGAUAUUACUGGAACAUCUAUCACCACAGCAUGGGAUACACUGUGAUCAUCCUCGGAAUCAUCAACAUAUUCCGAGGUUUUGACAUCCUGAGACCUGAACAGAAAUGGAAGACAACCUACAUUAUAGUGAUUGCUGCAUUGGGAGGAAUUGCCUUGUUCUUAGAAGCGAUCACUUGGAUUAUUGUGCUGAGGAGAAAGUCUAACAAGUCCACGAAGCCCUAUGAUACGUACAACAAUGGACAAAGCCGGCAACAGCCACUUGCCGCAUGAUCUAACCGGUCCGGUCCGGUCCGGUCCGGUUGGCCCUGCCAUGUCAGCUUCUGAUUUUGUAGUAUUGAGUACUGAGAUGUUACAUGUCUACUGCUUCUAUAUUUGUCAUGUAUCUUGUGUUUUUUUUGUUUUUUAAACCUUGCUUGCUUUGUUUGAACAGUGAUUCUUAUUUGGUAUAUAUGUACAGAUUCUUCUACAUUAUGUUUGCAUUGUUUAAUUGUUGUUUUUCUUUUUU